UGAUGCAACCAUUUAUGAUUUGCUUCCUUUCUCUAGAGAUUUCUUAAUGAAGGCAGUCAAUUUGAGGCCUUGGCAAAUUCAAAGAUGCGAGCCUCAAAUUUCCUUGAUAUUUUUUCUCUUACAACCAAGAUUUUUCCUUCAUUCAAUCUUCUCUUAUAUAUAAUUCCUAAUACAUAUUAUCCAUGUCUUAGUCCCACUUUUUAUCCUUUUCUUUUCUGGGAACUAUAUAUUAGUCCCACUUCUGUUGCUUCUAAUUUGUGUACAUUUUUCCACUUGAAUUUAUAUGGAGUUUCAUAUUAUCCUUCGCGUCUUUGCUUUAUUCUUUUGUGCUAUCCUCAAAGGAAGCAGUGCUUCUCUAUGGGCAGAGGUGUAUUGGCAGUCCAUGUUAGCAAGCACUCCGUUGCCAAAAGCUCUACAAGAACUCUUACAGCCAGCAAACGCAGGAAGCAACGUCUCUUUUUCAUAUGAGAAGGAUGAAACUCCACAAAGUGGGGCAAGGGUAGGCUAUGGUGUUGGGUAUUGGCCGGAUAAGAGAGAAUUUGACAAAAAUGUUGUAUACAAUGAAACUACUGUGUACUUCAUAUAUGAUGAUCUCAUUCCUAAUAAAAAGAUGACUCUUAUUUUCACUAAAUCUAUGGAAAAUUCUAAUUUCUUACCUCGAAAACUUGCCCAAUCUAUACCCUUUUCAAGCAACAAGUUACCUAAUAUUCUGAAACACUUCUCAAUACAACCCACAUCAAAGAAAGCUCAAAUCAUGAAACAAACUAUUGAAGAGUGUGAGGCGCCAGGCAUUAAGGGAGAGGAGAAGAAGUGUGCUACUUCGUUAGAAUCAUUAGUCGAUAUUGUGGUUUUAAAGUAUGGAAAAAAUGUUCGCACUCUCAUGAAUGAGGCAGAGGAAGAGAACAAGAAACAAGAAUAUACUGUUCUGGAAGGAAUCAAAAUGAUGGGAGAAAAUCCAAUAGUGUGUCAUAAGGAGAGAUAUCCUUUUGCUAUAUAUUAUUGUCAUACAAUCAUGGGCACAAAGGCUUAUAUGGUUCCAUUAGUGGGUGAUGAUGGCUCUAAAGCUAAAGCAGCAGUCGUUUGCCACACAAAAACAUCAGCUUGGAACCCACAACACGUUGCUUUUCAGGUGCUGAAAGUUAAGCCUGGAGGACCUCCAGUAUGCCAUUUUCUUAAUAGUGAUACCAUUGUAUGGAUUCCCAAUUAGGAAAUGGUUAUAUCAAGUUAGAUUUUUUAUAGGAUGUUGGAUUUUCCUUUUAUGGAUAAUGUAAUACUGAUGACAAAAAUAUUGUCAUAUAUAGUUCAAGAAUUUUCAUUAAGUUAGACAA